GGAUGGGAUCUACGUGUGGAACAUUUUAGUGUUGUGGUUUAGUUCAUUGCAGUGAAUAAAAACAGUAAUAAUGGCAGUCGGAAAAAUAGCCCCUUUCGAUAUGGACAAAGAUUGUUGGGACUUAUACGUGGAGCGUUUGGAACAAUAUUUUAUAGCGAAUACAGUGAGUGAAUCAGUUAAAGUGGCUACCUUAAUUACGGUGGUAGGCAGGGACGCGUAUGAACUUAUGGUUAAUUUGUGUACGCCGGCCCGCCCGGCAACAAAGACUUUUGAUCAGUUGAAGGCCAUCAUGAAAUCGCACUUGCAACCUAAACCGAGUGUGUUAGCAGAAAGGUUCAAAUUCCGACAACGACGUCAAGCAAGUGACGAGAGCAUAGCGGAGUAUGUCGCGGCGUUGAAGAAAAUGUCAAUGACCUGCAAUUUUGGCGCGGACUCAUUGCAAGACAAUUUAAGAGACCAAUUUGUUUGCGGUUUAUCGAAGGAUGUUAUACGACAGCGACUAUUCGCAGAGGAGGAAAUCACGUUCGAGAAAGCAUUCAAAUUAGCCGUAACGAUAGAUUCGGCCGAGACGGAAUCGGCGGUCAUGGAAAAGCGAGUAGACAACCAUGGAGGAAGUACGGGUGUCUACCAAGUGGCCUCGAGCUGGGGGCGAGGGAGCUACGGUAACGGUGAAGCCGCCGGGGGACGGAAGGUCACGGGGGCUACGCGAGGCGGGGCAGGCGCCGGGCGCGGCGCGAGCGGCCGCGGCGGACGACGCGGCCCGGGCGCCACGGGCGCCGGCCGCGGCCGCGGCGCGCACGGCGGCGCAGCUGGCUGCAAGACGUGCGGCGGCAGUCAUGACUCCAACACGUGCAAAUUUAAGGCGUACGUGUGUCGGGUGUGCAACCGAGAUGGACAUCUGAAGAGGAUGUGUCCGAGACUACGCGAGGAACAGCUGUUCGCGUUGUAUGACGGAGGCGCGGACGGGCAGGUGGCGUAUGACGACAGCGAGGGAAGUGACGAGGUAGUUACCUAUAACUAUUCUAUCGCUUUAAAGGACUUUAGUGCGUAUCCGCCAUAUGUAUUAUCAAUGAAGGUUAACGAAAGAAACAUAGAUAUGGAAAUUGAUACAGGUAGCUUGCCAUGUAACAAAUUGGACAGGGAAAAUAUUGGUAAAAAAUUUGAUGAAAAUGUGUUCAGUUCCAGGUUUAAAGAAGUUUUUGAAGACGGUUUGGGGCGGUUCACGGGCGGCAAGGUCGGGUUCGCGCUGCGCGAGGGGGCGCGUCCGGUGUUCCUGCGCGCGCGCCCGCUGCCGUACGCGCUGCGCGAGCCGGUGGAGCGCGCGCUCGAUCAGCUGGUGCGCGACGGCAUCAUCACGCCCGUGCCCACCUCCGACUGUGCCACUCCAGUCGUACCGGAAUCGUUGUUGAAAGAGGUGCACAGCGGACACAUGGGGAUAGUUAAGAUGAAGAGUAUCGCGCGGAGCAUUGUGUGGUGGCCGGGCAUCGAUGCCGCAAUUGAAAGCGUUUGUAAAGCGUGUACCGCGUGUACAGCAGAGAAUACGACGGCGGGAGAGGUGCCAGAACCGGGAACAAGCAAUUCAGAGUUAAGGGCCGUGAAUGCUCCACCGUUGCCAGUUGCACCGGCCGCGCCCCCUACAUUGCCGGCUCCCGUGGAGGGCCCCAAACCGACCCGCAGUAGGAAACCCGUUAAAAGAUACGGGUUCGACUUCGAUUAG